AUAUAUACUGUUGCUGUAUAUAGGCUACAUUUGUUAAAGAAUGUAGCUAUCUUAUGAUCAACACCACCCUCUGGUGAAGAGCUUGUACAUAUUUCAAUGAUUAAUACCCGAAACGAAAGCGAAACAGCACUUACUCUUUGCUUCAUCACGGUUCUUGCGUAGGUAGAAAUGUCUGCUGAGGAUUUCAGUAUUGUUACAGACAGUGAGGCUUUGAGAUGUCAGGAGGUACUGGAGAUCAACAAAUACAAGGAACAAUAUGAAGCAAUAUUGAAGGAACAACAAAUACUGAGAGAUGGCGUAAAUAACAACAAAUACUUUGCCAACGAAUUUAAACAACGAGCUAAUGAAAAGAAAGUGAUGUCUGAAGAAGAAAACAAGAAACGUACUAAUUCAAUUCAGAAAGAGAAGGAGAAAUGCAGAUGUGUGCAGGAGGAGAACACCAAGCUGCAGAAGGAGAUCCUGAAAAUAAAGGAGGAGAUGCAAAGCUUGGACCAUAAAAACAGCAGUCUGAAAAAGCAAACUGAGAUCUCUACAGCGGUGCCUGAGAGGAAGGUUGUGUUUCGGGGAAAUUCAAAAGAGGGAGCCCAUGCUGUGAGUUUUGAUGUGAAUCCCCGAAUAGUUUAUCCGAUGGAGGGUGGAACAGCACUGAUCACCUUCGAGGAAAAGGAUGUGGCUCAGAAUAUAUUGAACCUAAAGGAACAUUCGGUGCAACUUGGAGACUGUACCAUCACUUUGCAGACUGAACCCAUUCAAUUCCUGGUGCCCAGCUAUGUUGAGAUGGAAACACAAGUGUGCCCACGCAGAAUCCUAGUCUCCAACCUGCCAAAGGAAGAAUCUGAGGAGAGAGUACUAGACAAACUGGACAUCCAUUUCUCUCGGACAAGGAAUGGAGGCGGCGAGGUGGAGAACAAAGACAUGCUGCACGACUCUGGCACUGUGGUCAUUACCUUCUUAGAUGAUAACAUUGCCAAAGGUCUCUCCGACAAACAAGAUCAUGAUGUAGACUUUGGUAAGAAGAAGCACAAGGUGAAAGUCACUCCAUUCCUCAAUGGCGAGAUUUCACAGAUGAAGGUCUGUGACUCAGAGUGCGUGCGCACAGUGCUGCUGACGGGUAUCCCCGACAUCAUGGACAAAGAUAACCUGCAGGACAACCUGGAGAUCCACUUCCAGAAGACGGCCAAUGGUGGCGGAGAGGUGGAAGGCAUCCUCUACAACCCUCCAGGCCAUACCACCCUGGCUUUGUUUGAUGAGGACUCUCCUCAAGACAGCCAGAGCAAAAGCUAAAAACCUCUACAGCCCAGAGAUCCGAUGCUGCCUUUAGACAACAAAAUAGAUCAUUAAUUCAUAAUAGACUUUACUGAACUCCUAAUUUGGGUUUAUCUUGAAAAAGUUAUAUAGUAUGGAUCUCUUCACCUCUUAUUUACUGUAAUAUUUACUUCUCUUUACCUAUUACAGUAAUAUACUUCAUUAAUGGAUACAGAUUUGUAGUUUUUACAAUUCUUAGUUGUGUUUCUUGUCUUUUAAUGAUGCAAUCAAAUUGGGUUAUGGUUUAGGAGUUAAUCUGAAUCGCAGGAAAGAUUUAUCAAAAUGUUAUCUGUACACAAAAACAAGUCUUAAAUAAAUGUGCCAAAACUA